CCUACUCUAACCUCUUUCACAAUACAGAAUUAUUGGCGCGCACGUUGCUUCACGUUGUUUGGUGCAUGGUAUUCAAGUGCUACCGUCACUCGACAUUCAGCAUAAUUUUGUAAUUUUCACUGAAACUUGACUUGAUUUACCGUUGAGAAAAUUUAAGUACGUGUCGCUUCACGCAUUAACCAUCUGCAGCAGUCACUGUAGCAGUUUCUGUAUUUUUUAAAACAUCUAAAAUGAAGACUAAAUCAGCACACAAGAAGGGGAAAAAACGACCUCUUAGAGAGCCUUCUCUUUCCUCAAAGUCAGAUAAAAAAUUGGAGAAUGUAGUCAAAAUUAAAAAAAGUAAAAAAGCUAAAAUCGACAAUACUGUACAAAAUGGAAGCCCUGUGGCCAAAACUGAAAUGCAAGUACUUCGGAAGAUGAAUAAGCAGCAAAAGAAACAAAAAGAAGUAAAAGAACAAGGCAAUAUUAGAAAAUUAUCAAAAGCAAAAAUAAAGACAAAUGUAACUGAACAAACUAAACAAACUGCUGUUGAGUUCAAAGAGAAAACUCUUAAAGCAAAGGAAAAGAAAUUAGAACAAUUGAAAAAUAAACAACUGAUUCGCGAGGUGAACAAGGUUUUGCCUAGAAAAUCACCCCGAUAUAAAGCUCCACAAAAUCCCCUUGAUCUAGAACAGCUAAUAAGCAAAGUGGCUGAGAUCAGAAAUAGAGAAGUAUUAUCAAAGACUGCAAAAAAGAGAGUCGCUGUACUGCUUAGAAAGAUACGAGUUGCACAAGCAGAGAAAUCUAACAAAUCAGAAACAGUAGAAAAUGAAAAAAAAAAUAAACAGCAAGCCAAUGUAUCUGCAAAGAAUAAGAAAAAGGCUAAUGUAAAGAAUAAAAGAAAAGCAAAGAGAGAGCUUGGCAAAAAUAAGAAAGUUAGAAUUGACAACAAUGAAUAUGACGAAGAUCAAAGCGAUAUGGAAGUAGAAGAAGAGGAAGAAAUCGAGGAUGAAGAAGAUGGAGACGAGGAAGAUAAUGAGAAGACGGCCAUUGUAGAAGUAAAAAAGAAAAUGAAGAAAACAGCCGAUCGGCCCUCAGAUGUUCCGAAAAAGAAGGAAACAAAGAAUAAACGAUAUGUCCUUUCCGUGAGCAAUCUGCCAUAUGAUAUAACAAGCAACGAACUAAAGCAACACUUCCUGUCCAAGGUUGACGCAGUGACCAGCGUCAAUAUUCAGACUAAGCCAAGCACAAAGAAAUCGCGUGGCUUUGCAUACGUGGAGCUGUCGAACAGCGCAGAUUACGAGAAGGCACUCUCGUUAAACCAUACAUUCCUAAAGAAGAAGAAAAUAAACGUGCAAUAUACAAUGUCCAAGAACGUGAGCGAGGUAGAUGCCAAGAAUAAAAAACUGGGAAUGCUUAGAAAAUUUGCCGACGUUAAAGAAAAAAAGAAAUUGUCGAAGAAAGGAAAACAGAAGUCCAAGGGAUCGAAAGCAUAAUGUGAUUAAUAAUAGGGUUAAUAGGGAAGCGUCUCUUAUUACGAAGUCUCUCGUAUUACAAGAAAAAGAAUUCUUCAUUUGUAAUACUCUCAGUUCUGCCGGGAGAGUCUAGCAAAAACAGUUUUCACAUGAUGACAUAAGUAGGAAAUUUUUAUUUUAUGUGAAGAAUAUAGGUCUGUUCGUUUUCAAAGAUAUAGAUUGUAGUGAAACUAGCUUGUUUCACUAACUUAUUGCAGCAAUAUAUAAUACACUUCUGCAAUAAGAUAGUGAAACUAAUUACUUUAAACUUUACUGGAAACUUGUUUUACUGGAAACUAAUUAGUUUCCAGUAAAAACACUAACAAUAACAUUCAUAGACUUAAGCAGCACAUAGUGCUUGUUUUAGUGCUGGAUUGCUUGCUGGAUGUAAAUAUUCUAUUUUGAUUGGUACAUUUCUGAAAAUGGAUUGAAAUGCACCAAUCAAAACAGAGUAUUUACAUCCAAGAAGCAAUCCAACACGAAAACAAGCACCGUGUGCCACUGGCUUUAGUAUAUAUAGACUGCGUGUUCUGAAUGUUUCCUAUUGUUUGAACUAUAGACAUAAUAUACAUAGACUCCGCAUACAGUCAGAAAAGAGAAGCCAAUAUAUACAUGCACCUCUGUUCUCUGUCUCUUUCUGCACGACAAAGUGUGCAAUAAGAUUUAAAUACUUUUGCUUGCCAGUCCAGUCGAGAUGUCGUUACGCUCUAUAAUAUUAUGGAAACGAGAAAUGGAUGCACGCGCAACAAAAAAGUGACAAAAUAGAAAACUAUAGCCCCUCUAUUCUCGCUCUCUUUCUAGAUGUUGGCUUCAAUCAAUUAGACGACAAAGGCAUUCGGAGUCCAUGUAUAUUAUGUCUAUGGUUUGAACGCGUCACAGAAUAGAAAGAUAUAGCAUGCGAUCACCAUCUUGCUUUUUUCUAAACGUCUAAGCGCCGUUAGGAAAAGAUAGAAUAGUGAUCAAAAGUAUUUUAUCUUUUUCUAUUCCGCUCAGCUCAAUACGCAAUCUAUGUAUACUAAGUCUAUAGUAACAUUACAUCAAUGCGUCGUCUACAAUGGCAGUAACAAGUAGUAGUAAGAAAUAAGCAGUAAGUAAAUAGACUAAUCACAAUCGAUUAUUUUUGAAUCGUGAGAAUGGAAUUGGUCUAUUUACUUACUGCUUAUUUCUUACUACUACUCCUAGUGCCAUUAUAGACGAUGCAUUACAGUUUCUCACUCAACAAUGUAACUGUUACAUAACACCCGCGUUAUAUUACAUUUACAUUGUUGAGUAAGAAAUUGUAGCAUUGAUGUUCAUGUUACAAAUAGUGUUUACUGGAUAGUUCAGGAAAUUCUCCGAAAAACAUUCUUCGAACAGGCCAUAUAUUUUAUUGAGGAUGACUGUUUUGUUCUGUACUCGUGGUUGAAUAUGUUGUGCUUUGUAUUACUUCACAUCCGCUACGUAUCAUUGAUUAACUCCUCAUUAAUGAAAAUUCUCUUCUCACGUAUACAAAUGUUUUAAUUAAUUACACAUGCAUGAAAUAUAAUACCGUGAUUAUCUAAAUGUGCUUAAGAACGGAGCUUUUUCAACUGACCGUUAAAUGUUGCAUCUUCGGCCGUCAAUACGGUUUUUAAAGUAUGUAUGUAUAUGUUCCACACUAUUGUGUUCGUAAAACAAACGAAUGCGUACAUUUGCGCUCUUAUUCAGCGCGGACUGGUGACAUUUAUCGUUGCAAGAAAAUACGCUCUUUGAAUAGAACGGGUCUCUAUUUCUGGCUUCGUGCUAUUCUCACUUUGCGACAUCGGCAAUGCAUAAUUCUGUGGAACUCUCAGCAGAACUUUAUGCAAAUUAAUCUGUGGAUUACGUACGAACGAGAACGCAAUAUGCAUGCGACAUUAUAUUCGAGGUUGUUGUCACUUCACGAGAUUAAAUCGAAAUCUGUUUGUUGAAUACUUAAGGCGAGAAUGGGAGAUGGCACGUGCAAAUUAGAAACGACUGAUGAAGAUACACUAUCGACCAAACUUGUAAAGGUAUACACACGUGUAUAUUACUUUUAAGUAUAUUAUGUCUUAUGUUAUUGAGUUAUGUUGUGUCAUAUUCUAUGUUAUAAUUCUAUGAAAAUUAAUGUAGAGUUCCCAACAUGCAAUAGAAUGUAUGUAUAAUACAUCAUAAAUAAGUAUUCUUUUUUGAAGAACUUCCUAAGCUAAUGUACACUGGUGCAAUAAGUUUUAGUGAGACAAGAGGCCUGAUAUUUUUCCAAAAACUUUCUGAAUUGGUGUUCAUUGAUGCAAUAAGUUAGAGCAAAACAAUAUAUAUACUUGCUUCUCUCUAACUUAUUGCAUCAGUGUAGUUCACCAGUUCAGGAAGUUCUUAGAAAAGAACAGUCCUAAGUAUAUAUUAGGUCUGUUUUUUCAAAGAACUUCCUGAAUUAGUCGAAACUAGAGGUUUGUUCUUUUUAGCUGAAGUAUCGACAAGACACUUGCGACAAGAUAGAGUAUAUUUUGUUAAAAGCUGAACUUCUUAUAAAGAUAAUAUAAAAUCUUCAGAGAAUAUUCUGGGACAUUCUUAGGAUAUAUGAAUGUUCUCAGAACGUCUUUAGAACGUCCUUUGAAGAUUUGUACGAGUAGCUGAAUUGCACCUGAACUGGUAUAAUAAGUUAGAGUGAAACAAAAUAUGUUUGUCAACAAAAUAUAUAUAAGACAAAUAUAUUUUGUUUCACUCUAACUUAUUGAACCAGUGUGUAUUAGUUCAGGAAAUUCUGUGAAAAAAAACAGACCUAAUAUUUCAUAUUUCCCGAUUAUAAUCUUGGCCAUCUCGUUUGUAUUGUAAAUAAUCAAAUUGCUCAUAAAUGUUCAUCGCAUGCGACUUUUACAUAGGAAGAGUUUUCCGAAUGUAUCAUAUACCCGGAGGAGUUAAACAAAUUCUUGCAAGGUCGUAUUCGUGUAAGUACAAUUCUGUCGUAGACAUGUGUAUAAACCGAAGAAUAAAAGUAUCGUUUAAAGCGGAAAUGUUA